AUGGCAUCGUCCUCAAUGUAUAUGGCCGACCCUCCGGAGGGCGUACGGCGAUUUGAGGGUGACAGCAUCCAGGCUAAUAUGGCGGCGUGCGCCAUCGUCACGGCGCUCAUUGCCCUGGCUGUGGUCGGGCUCCGUCUGUAUACACGCAUCUUCCUCACAGCGGCCCGGUUCCAGAUGGAUGAUGUCUUCGUCUGCUGCGCGGCAGUAUGCUCCAUCAUGCUAAUACCCGUCUCGUUCAAGAUCAUGGAAGCCGGCGUCGGUCUGCACAUGUGGAACGUGACCAUGUCGCAAUACAACCCCGGACUCGGGAUCUGGACCCUCAUCGCCACCAUCUUCUACGCCUGGGCCGUCAUCUUCUCCAAGCUCUCCAUCCUCGCCUUCUACCUCCGCCUGUCCCCCCAACCCUGGUUCCGCAUCCUCACCUUCUCCCUCAUGGCCAUCGCCUCCGCCUACGUCCUCGUCUACACCUUCCUCUUCGUCUUCCGCUGCCACCCCCUCGCCCUGAACUGGGACGUCACUAUCACCCACGGCUCCUGCAUCGACACCCGCACCAUCAUGACCGUCCUCAGCGUCGCCAACAUCGUCAUGGACGUCCUCACCCUCCUCCUCCCCGUCCCCGUCAUCAUGCGUCUCAACAUGCGUCUCGCCCAGCGCGUCUCCGUCAUCAUCCUCUUCUCCUCCGGUAUCUUCGUCUGCGCCAUCGCCAUCCAGCGCACCCUGCAGAUGCUCGACGCCUUGACCUCCCCCGACUAUACGUGGGACAUCACCGAGCAGUUCUACUGGUCCUAUGUCGAGGUUAAUAUGGGGAUCUUGUGUGCGUCGGUCCCCGCGUUGAAGCCGUUUGCGAAGAGACAUCUGGCGACGAUGUUUGGGUCGUCGGGCAGGUAUCACCGCGGUGGGGAGGCCGGUGGCGAGAGUGGUCCGCCUGGUGCGCAGGGGUCCGAUGCGAUUAUGUUGGCGGUUACGCCGAAGAGGUCGAGUUAUACGAGGUUUUAG